CAAUGGCUUAGAGGGAAGAAGUGGAUGGAAUUGGAAAGUCAAAACAAAAGCAGAAAUUGCAACAGAAAAGAAAUUGUACAAAGAAUAAUUCAUCACAGAGCUAUUCUGGACGCGUAAAAGAGCACAGAGGCUACGGAUUAGACUACUAUGUACCAGAAGCAAGAGCUAUGGCGAUGAGUGGUGGCUUCAUUCAGCAAACUCAUCAUCGCAUUAAUCAUGAAUCCACGCGAAAAUCCCUGGUGCAUCACCUCAUGACCGUGGUGAAGGAGCUACAGCGGAAAUAUGGCGGGAAGACGGAGCUGGCAACGGAGAGUGAUCACAAUGUGCUCAAAUUGUGCGAUAGUUGGGAAUACGCCCUCUGUCAUGGGCUCCGGACGGGUUCACUGCUGCGCAAUAUGAGUGAUCUCGUGUCGGGUGUCAAUCAGGAACCACCUGUGUUCUGGACAUUUGCCUAUCAGCACAUGACGGCGCACGAGAAGGAGAGAUUCUCCUCAUUGCGGCACGUCUGGACGGAUCGCGGGAAGUGUCGCGCCUUCAUCCGUGCAGCCCUCAAUGAGCGUUCCUUGGAACGAUAUAUUCUCAUGUGGCUGGCUGACAGCAAUCUCGGGGUACACUACGAAGCUUGGUCGCUGAUGCGAGAUGAGGAAUCAUCAAAUUUACUGCCCACCCUCGCGGCAGGACUCAGUUCCAUUCUGUUUGCCAUCACCGUGGAUAGUCCGGAUCUCAAUGUUCAAUCACGGCGGGAACAGAAAACAGAGCCCAUAAUUGCCGUACCACGUCCCAUUCGUCCGGUAAAGAAGACACAGAAGACGCAGGUUAUUGAAUUCGAUGAUGCUGGACUCUCGAUAAGCCCCGUGGCGGUAGGAACACUCGCAAGUCUCUGCCUGAAGCACGAAAGUGUCCCUUCGUCGCGGGAGAAUACCAAGAGUCCAGCAGCAGCAGCAGCACCUGUCAAGAGGAUACCCACUGAGGAAGCCUUCAAUGUAGUCGAAGAAGUUCCGAAGAAUCCUCCAACAAAUGAAGUAUUCACACCACCCAGUGAUUCGGGUAUUGUAGUGGAGGAGCCCACAACAUCCGAAGAGGGUAGUUUUGAUGACUCCUCACUGCGUAGCAUGUCGAAAAGUAGCUCAAUUCACAGCUCCUCCUCCAGCUCAUCCGUUGUCUCCGCCAGCGAUGUAACGCAUUUGCGUGAGCGCUUGCGACAGGCGGAAGAGCGUUGUCAGAGGCUAGAGGUACGUGUGGCUGAGCUGAGUCUUGAGAAUCAUCGUCUACGCGGCCUUGGAACUACGCAUCAUGCAUCCGGAUCAACAUUUACCGUGAGCGUGCCACGUGUCCGGCUGGAGAAGGCGGGAACGCGCAAGUAUUAUGUGUACGAGGUCCAUAUCAUUCCCACCAAUCAGCCGGGAGACGAAUGGACAGUCCUGCGGCGAUACAGUGACUUCCACAGGCUCCAUCGGCAAUUCCAGAAGACCCAUCCCAGCGUCAAGAGCUUGGACUUUCCACCAAAGAAGAGCUUCGGCAAUAUGGAGGCGCACUUUGUGGAGCAACGUCGUCAACGGCUUCAGCUCUAUCUCCGGCACAUUCUCACAAUGCUCCCGGACGUGGCAACGUGUACGAGUCGAACAAGUCUCGAGCAGGUGUUUCCCUUUUUCAAAUAACCCCCUCCCGCCCAUUUAUUCGUGAAUCUGCCCAAGAAAAAAACAUCUCGUGUUCCCUUCAAAGUGUCUCUAAGUAAGAUUUAUUUUAUUUUUUGUUAUUAAAGUAUAUAAUGUGGAUUUAUUUUAUAAAUGCUGCGGGAAAGAAGAGGAUGAUCCUUAAAACUAUUAUGCUAUAUUGUGGUUGAGAUUAAAAUUUAUACGGCUCCACACACCAAAACUACUAAAUUGUUAGCUUUUAAUCGCGCGUGUAGACCUCCCAUCUCGCGAUAAAAGCCACGCAUUGUUUCCUCGUCAUCUCUCCUCCGGGCAAGCUGCACACAGGGAGGGUGAGCAGAAUGAAAAUCUGGAACAAAGUGAUGAGAGAUAAAACUACUAAAAAAAAACUCUGAAUGUAAAAAAAAAAUAAUGAUAAAAAGUUUAUAGAGAGAGAAGAAAUAAAUUGAGCACGAUUUGUGCUCGAAUGUUGUACAA